AUGGAUGCGAAGGUGCUGAGCUUCGGCGACGUUCUUCUGCGCGAGUGCGACGUGGCGACGCUGGAGUCGUCGCAAUGGCUUAACGACAAAAUCAUCGAAUUCUACUUCGAAUACCUCUCGCGAACCCUCCUCGCCGCAUCCGACCCCUCCGCUUCUGCCGCCGGCGCUGGCGCUGCCGCUGGGACAGCUAGCAGCAGCGCGGGAGGAGAAAGCAGCAGCAACGGCGCCGGCGGCGCUGCUGGUGCUGCGGCGGGAGGGGAGGGUAACAAUAGCGCCGUGCUGCUGGUGGGGCCGUCGGUGUCGUUUUGGCUCAACAUCUGUCCGAGCGAUGAUGACGUCACCGAGACCAUGGCUCCCCUGGGCGUGGAAAACAAGGAGCUCAUCGCCCUAGCAGUCAACGACAACAACGACCCCACACUUGCCGAGGCAGGCUCACACUGGAGUCUCCUCCUCUUCAUCAGGUCGCGUCGUCUCUUUCUCCACUUUGACAGCGCCGGUUCGCACAACUUGGAGGCAGCUAAGGGGCUUGCCGAGAAGCUUCAAGCCCUCCUAGGCGUUACUGUGACUGACGACACUUUCCAAUCAGCAUCUACACCUCAACAGCUAAACGGAUAUGACUGCGGGGUGUACGUACUCGCUAUAGCAAAGGCCCUCUGCGAGACAGCAUCUGCUGCACCGGAGGGGAAAGCAUCGGCAGAGGAGUUGGAGAGCUCAGCCAAAGGGGUGGAUGCGGCAGCGGUUACCAAGUUACGGGGAGACGUGAAGCAGCUGAUUCAACACCUGGGGAAGCAAAGCACAGAGUAA